AUGGCUGAAUACAAUGGGCGCCGUGCCCCCAACUUCUCGCAGUAUCUGGAUGAUCUGAAUGCCAUCCCGUCGCCCUUCGCCGUACAACAGCAGCAAGAGACGUUCAACCUGGACAAUGACCUAUCGCUGUUUACAAACACCGAGUUCUUCGACUUCGACCUGAACAUCCCGUCGUUUGAGCCUGUGGAGGAGAACAAACAACAUGUCAAGCAGAACUCUGACAUGGAGUUCCUGGAUAUGCUCGGUGAUGGGUUUGGCAAUGUCAACAACAAUGUCAAUGACUAUGCCCCUCAGAUGAACUCGAUGAACAACUCGUCCAUGCCAGUGCAGAAUGCUCAAUACCAGCCCGUGCCGCAACAACAGGCGCCGAACAGACUGCCUAAUGCACAUGCCUCCGUGAGCCAGCAGCCUACGUCGUCGCCGACAUCGACUUCCCCGUCUCAACCUUCCAUCUCUGGAGCGAGUCCCGCGUCCACCACCUCGCCAACAGCGUCUGCGCCGGCUCCGAAGCGCAAGAACACCCAAAAGACCCCCGCUAUGAGCGUGGAGGAGGCUGCACGAGUUGCCGCUGAGGAGGACAAGCGCCGCCGCAACACUGCUGCCAGCGCCCGGUUCCGAGUCAAGAAGAAGAUGCGCGAGCAAACAUUAGAAACUACGGUCAAGGAAACUUCAGAAAAGAACGCUGCGUUGGAAGCCCGCGUCACCGCCCUCGAGCUCGAGAACCAAUGGUUGAAGAACCUGAUCACCGAGAAGAACGGCAAGUCCAAGGAAGAAGGCAAGAAGGCGGAAAGCGAUAUCUCGGAUAUGUUCAAGAAGUUCCUUGCUGCACAGAGGACUGAGGGCGAGCGGAGUAGCGGCAACUCCAAGAUUGGUGUCGGCACAGUCUAA